AACCCAUUGACUCUGCUCGGUGGCAUGGAUUGAUCAUAAAUAAUCAUCACGGCACAGGAGGGACUGAGCACAAGUCUGCAGCGGCGCCAUCAAGGAACCCCUUUCCACGAACCAACCAGCACGGAGGCACCACGAGUCCCGCAACUUCUGGGGAAGCCUGGAUUGAGAUCUCUCCACUGGGGACUCUGGUCUCAGCGUGCUGCUAGAUUUCCGAGAGAAAGCUUAGGAAGAUGCGUCCAGAAGGAGGAAAGCUGACCAUCUAUGUGGAUUGUGUAUCCCCGUACUCGUGGUUUGGCUUCACCAACAUAAUCCGCCACCGGCCACUCCUGAAUGCAUACGGUGUAUCUGUGGACAUAAUCCCUUUCUUCUUGGGUGCCGCCCGUGAUGGCGUGGGCAACCCUUUCACGCCAACACCCAAAGCCAAGGAGGCCUUUGCAAAGCAAGACUCGGAAAUGACUGGGGAGCUGCUUGGGCUGAAGGUCGUCCGGCCCAAGGAAUUUCCCAUCCUGUCUCUUUUUGCGGUCCGCGUGGCGACAUGGAUCAAAGACCACUAUCCGCCAGAGAAGUUUGAAGCUGCCUUUCCAGCUUUCAGCACGGCGUAUUGGAGUAAUGGCAUCAAUAUCUCCAAGCCCGAAGGAAUCAUCAAAGCUCUGGAAGGCAUCUUCCCCGAAGAGGAAAUCAAGGAGAUCAUGAAGAAGGCAGUGACACCCGAGAACAAGCAACGGGUCAUUGACCUGACCAUGGGAGCCGGUGCAUUUGGGGCGCCAUGGAUCGUGGCCGUGAACUCAGAAGGGCAACGGAGGGACUGGUUUGGAAAUGAUCGAUGGGAUCAGGUGUUUUAUCAUCUGGCAGUCCCGUUCACCCCAGUGAAGAUCGUUCCACCCGAGGAAGCAAAGGCGAAGUUGUGAAAUACAGGCUCAGAGAUAGGAAUGUGACAAUAUCGACCAGUUGGUAGGCUUGCGAUCAAGGAAACCCGACUGGUUGACUAUCCAUACAGAAUCCAUUCUAUGCUGCACGUAUCUUGCC